AUGGAUCCCUGCCGAGCCCCUUUGCUAGAGUAGACAACGGUUACCUCAGAGAUAUGUGUGAAAGCAAGACGACUACACCACGAGAGUAUCACAAAUGCAAGCAGGGUUGUCACGCGUGUUCUAUUCAAUGCCCAGUGAACAGUUUGGCACAUGCAGUGGAUAAAGCUACAACUUGAACUUGUAAUCGGAUAGAAGUACCUUAUAGCCCUAUAGGGCUUACCCAACCGUGUAGAAUCUACUGGGCGCAAUUUUCUCACGCUUCCAGUUAUCAUGAACAGCGAGGAGACGGUGACGACUGAUUUGCAACCCGCGGCCCUGCCAUCAGACUCGAUACGAAUAACGAGGCAGGGAAAAAUUAGAUGCUGGGUCAAGCAAGGAUUAGACUUUUUCCAAGAAAAUCCUGACAAGUCAUUGACGCUGCACGCUUCCCCAGCCGAUGUUGCACAAUCUACGAUCCCUCGGUUAAUUUCAGUUGUGGAGAUCCUGAAGCGCGAAUAUCUGAAAACCUUGGAUGUUUCUGUAGGACAUCUGACGGGGCUGCAUCAGUACAAUGAACUACAAUGGGAGCAAUGUGGCGAGAUUGCUGCGGAAGGGGAAGAUCGAGCAAGUACCAUAGCAAGAGCUUUGGAAGGUAAAAAAUACCUGAAGCUCGCGCUUGCGCCUCACAUGAAAGUCACGCUGUGCAGGAAAGCUCUUCCAGGUAUGCAUGAGAAGAAAGACGUGACAUACCAGACACCACAGACACGACGAUUAUCCAAGACUACAAAGGCGAGAUUGAAGAGAAAAGCAAAGCAGCAGAUACCUUAGUUAUUGCUUUUUCCUAUAAAUUUGUAUCCAA